GGUGGCGGAGCGCGGCGGGCUGAGCGGAGCGGGAGGCGGCCAUGUCCGGCCCCCUUCCGCCCCCCCCCCCCCCACCCUCACAUCCCUCAGCCGCCGCCGGACUGGGCUGGACCGGGCCGCGUUGGGCUGGCAGCUGAGCUGGCAGCGGUCUCGGCCAGCGCCGCCGCCCGCCGGGAGCACGGGAAAAUGGCGGCGGCGGCGGCGGCCCGGGACCAAAUGGCGGCGCUGGCGGCCGGGGGGCAGAAGGGGUCUGAGGCGGGCCCUGAGGCGCGGAGCCGCCGCCCCGGGGGCAGUGCCGGGGGCCGGGACAGGGCUGGCAGCGCCGCUGCCUCCCGCCGGCUUUGUGCCGCGGGCCGUUGUUCCCCGCCUUCCCGGGGCGCUGCGGGGCGGCGGGAUCGCUGCUCAGAAAGAAAUUUGGAAGGCGCGGGGAGGGGUGGGUCGCGGCAAAAUAGGGUAAAACUUGGAGAUUACCAAACCUCGACUCCCUUGGGAGGGGAGGGGGAGGGUGGUGUGCAGGUUUUGUCGUUUUUUGCUCUUUCUGUUUUAAACUCAAUUCCCUUUACCUUGAUGCCUGUAAUAAAAGGCCACUUGCACGAACGCGUUUAAAUCUCCCUAUUUCCCCACGCUGGGUGUGCGAUUGGGGUAUCCUAAGCUUGUGGCUUUCUUCUGUUUCGUGUCAUAAUCUUUCUUUCUUUCCAACGAGAGUUACGAUUUGAGGUUGCUUGGGGGUUUAUUUCUAAGUGGAAUCUGAAAUGUGUAACUUUGCCAAGAUCAGGGGUUUCAUCUAAAAGCGGUACCAGGCUUUUCUGCACUAGAGUUAUGCUCUCUGCUUUGCCAAAAUAAAAGGUUCUGGUUGGACAAGCCUUUUUUUCCUUUUUUUUUUUUUUUUUCUUUCUUUCUGAGGUCUCUUUUUUUCUUGGUCAUAGUGCACUUGGGCACAGUGAACCGUAUUACGCUUCUACUAGGUACCUCUUUAGCUGACAGACAGUAUUUGUAUGUAUUUAUUCACAAAGAGUUAAAAUUGUUCAGCCCCACCUGGCCCUUGUAAGUUAGGUGUUGAAGUAACCUAGAAAAUGCUUUUUGUUUGCCAGUGCUGCUCUAGCUGUAGAUGUAAGUUGGCUUCUUGUCAGCAUCAUCAAAAUACCUUUGCAAAACCAGGAGCUGUAGGUUUUACAAUGAGAUGGAUGCAUCUCAUUUAAAUUCUCAUUUCCAUCAAUCCACGUGAAUAUAAUAAUGGCAACAAUUACAUGCUUGUUUUUCAGGCACUUACUGAAAGUUUCUACAUGAUGUUUUAUGACUUACCAAUAAGAUUGAACCUUAAAUAGAAUGCCUAAAAAUACUGAUUUUCAGCUUAACCACUCAAUAUUAUAGAAGGUGGAUAUACAAAAGACAAAGACCUCCAUGUGUUGGUACUGUAUUUUACAUUUUCUAAUAGUCUCUUAUUUAUGAGCAUUACUUCUACGCUCAUCUGUCCAUCAGAAAGCAACAGAGCGAUGGCUUUGUUUAUCAAACAUAAGCCUUGUACAAUUAGGAUAAGUCAACUUCUCGUUUUAUUUUAUGCUAGAUUUCUGCCUGUUGUUUAUAAAGGUGAAGUUGUUACUGGAAUGCUUAGGAUGAAACUGGAUUUACAUGAAACAAAAAGAAUGUUUUGGUACAUAUCAGUCUUACUAAGAUUUUUAUCCAUAGUCAUAACCUUGUGCCUAACAGCUAUUUUCUAUUACUGAGAAAGAAAACUUACAACUUUGUGUUUUUUCUUUUGAAAGAGCUUUUUUUUUUUUUUUUCUUUUUGCUCCCCUGUGCCUGUGUGACAUUGAAAGCAUGCUCAGUGUUUUUUAUUAAAAUAUCAAUGGAUAGACUAUAACUCAUGGAGUUCUGCCAAAUUUGGAUCGAUGUAAAUGAGAACAGUUUGUCCCAUUGUGUCUCCUAUAUAUUCCAUUCCUGUGGAUGGCCCACUUCUCUCAAUACCAUGGAUGAGUAGAAUGGAACUGUCCCUAAAGGACUGUGAUUUCAUGGUGAUACGGUUUAAUAAGUCUUAGUAUGCCAUGAACUCAGGUCUUUGGGUCCUUCUGUUUGCAGUCUAUCCGAUUUGGUCCCCUCUUACAUCCCUUGUUGCAGUUGUUAAUGACAAUUUCUUUGUGGUAGAAUUUAAAAUUUGAGCAGAACCCAUUUGGUAUGGAUGAAAGGUUUUUUGUUGAAUAAGAGCAUAAGAGAAUUGGCACUAGUUGAAUAGUAACAACUGAUUAUGUAUCAGAAGUAAUGACUUGGUAUAGAAUACACUAAACGUUCAGGCUGCCUUAAAUAUGAGGUAUAUGAGGUCCUGUGAUGACUUUUUUUCCUUUGUGUUACUCUUGAAUGAAUGCUUUGAAAUCCCAGUGCGUGCCAUGUGAUUGUUCCAGUUAAAUGCCUCAAUAGCAGGAAGCCUUCCUUAGUAAACUUGUAAUUUUUGCUUCUUGCAGAAUUUAGUGAAAUAUACUUUUACUUUUUGCCCAGUGUGGAAAGCGUGGCCUUUAAUAUAAUAUCAUGUAGAAAUUUUAAUAGAUUUACAACAGUUCACAGAAGACUAGCCUUAACGUUCAGUUAAUAGCUCGGUAUAAUGACAGAAUUCUGUCUGCAAAUACUAUUUCUUAGAAGUGUUUAAUUUUUACAGCCUACAGAAUGAUUGAGCCCAUCUGUCUGAUUAUUGAGAAUUACAGGAAUUUUGUAUUAAAAUGUUCAAUUUUGUAACUCGGUAUAAAAUAAUCUUUUGGGUUUUUUUCUGCCUAAAUCUGCUGCAUGUUUCCCAAAUAAAUAAGAACUGCUGUAUUAUGUGGCUUUAGUGGAAAAUUUGUAUUGGAAUUCUAUAUUAUUCUUGUAGGCAAAGUCUCUUCCUAUCUGUUUAGUUGCAUGUUGAAACCUGUUUAAAAUUGUAAUGCAACUCGUCAAAUUGUUGAAUUUGGUAAAUGCACCCAAAAAUCUAAAAAAAUCAAAAAAUGCUUAUUAAAUUUACACUGAUUUCUAAGUUGCUGUCUUAGAAAUUGAAGAUUAUGCUAUCUUCACUGAAUUUUGUAAUACACAUCCACACUGUUAGUGUCUGUGCAUCCAACAGCAUUCCCUUCCCCCACAAGCUAACACCCUCUUUCAGAACAGAAAAUAUUAGUGGUAGAUUGGUAUCUCUAAAGAAUGUGUUUGAAUCAAGGAUUAAAGAAGAGUCUUGGGUCAUGCAUUUAAAAUUAAAGCAAGCUUUUUGUUUCAAAUAGAAAGCAAUGCAUUUUCAAAAGCAUGCUUAGUGAAGUUAUGAAAAGAAGGUGGUAUUUUGGAGGUGAUGAGAUACUCAUGUUGUAAUUCUCACUAAUUAGGAAACACUGACUGUAAUUAACUUUGUAUUUAACUUUUUCAAGAGUAGACGUGUUCUGAAUAUGCAGGUGUCUGUAUUAAACAGAAUUCACAUGGCACAUCCUAAAAGACCUCUGCGGUGAUACGGCGUUGUCUAGCAUGGCUCCGGCUGUCAUCCAGUGAUAAAUGGAGGACACAGGGCGAGUCCGGUGUCGGUGCAGCCAGUAUCAGAGAAGCCUGCAUCAGAGGGCCUUGUCUCCUGCCACACCACUGGGCUUUCUCCACUGAGCUCACCGUAAACUCCCAAGUGUUCCCAUCCUUUGGUGGAAAUGCCACGUUUGGAUGCAUGGACCCCUUCCAUGUAGUAUCCUUUUCUCUUCUGACAUGGCAAACUGGUGAGGGAGUGGAUUCAAAUGUGCAAACCUAAUUACUUUGAGGUUUGAGUAUGAGCACAGUUGAAGAAGAGUCUGACACAGUGACAGUAGAAACCGUGAACUCUGUGACUUUGACUCAGGACACUGAAGGGAACCUUAUACUUCAUUGCCCUCAAAAUGAAGCUGAUGAAGUAGACUCUGAAGACAGCACUGAACCUCCACACAAGAGGCUUUGCUUGUCAGAGGAUGAUCAAAGCCUUGAUGAUUCCACUCCAUGCAUUUCUGUUGUUGCAGUUCCAAUUUCAGAAAAUGAUCAGAGCUUUGAGGUGACCAUGACUGCUACCACUGAGGUAGCUGAAGAUGAGAUUAACGAAGGAACUGUUACUCAGAUUCAGAUUCUUCAGAAUGAGCAGCUGGAUGAAAUUUCUCCAGUGGGCAAUGAAGAAGUGUCAGCUGUUAGUCAAGCCUGGUUCACAACCAAAGAGGACAAGGAUUCUCUAACAAAUAAAGGCCAUAAGUGGAAGCAAGGGAUGUGGUCAAAGGAAGAAAUUGACAUUUUGAUGAGUAACAUUGAGCGUUAUUUAAAGGCCCGUGGAAUAAAAGAUGCCACUGAAAUUAUAUUUGAAAUGUCAAAAGAUGAAAGAAAAGAUUUCUACAGGACAAUAGCUUGGGGUCUGAAUCGGCCUCUCUUUGCUGUCUAUAGAAGAGUUCUUCGCAUGUAUGAUGACAGAAACCAUGUCGGAAAGUAUACUCCUGAGGAAAUUGAAAAGCUUAAAGAGCUGAGAAUAAAGCAUGGUAACGACUGGGCCACAAUAGGAGCUGCACUGGGGAGAAGUGCUUCAUCUGUAAAAGAUCGAUGUAGAUUAAUGAAGGAUACCUGCAACACAGGAAAAUGGACAGAGAAAGAAGAAAAAAGACUAGCAGAAGUAGUGCAUGAGCUAACUAGCACAGAACCAGGUGACAUUGUCACACAAGGUGUAUCGUGGGCUGCCGUGGCAGAACGGGUCGGGACGCGCUCUGAAAAGCAAUGCCGCUCUAAAUGGCUCAACUAUCUCAACUGGAAACAAAGUGGGGGCACUGAGUGGACCAAGGAAGAUGAAAUAAAUCUGAUUUUGAGGAUAGCGGAACUUGAAGUUUCUGAUGAAAAUGACAUCAAUUGGGAUUUACUAGCUGAAGGAUGGAGUAGUGUUCGCUCACCACAGUGGCUUCGAAGUAAAUGGUGGACCAUUAAAAGACAGAUUGCAAACCACAAAGAUGUUUCAUUCCCUGUGCUGAUAAAGGGUCUUAAGCAACUCCACGAGAACCAAAAAAACAAUCCAGGGCACCAGCUUUCGGAGAACAAAUCUGGAAGUGGACUGCCAAACACUAAUUCCAGUUCGGGGGUUCAGCACGUGCAGAUUCGAGUGGCUCGCUUAGAGGAGAACGCAGGCAACGCACCAAGCCCUGUGGCAGCUUUGCAGAUUCCAGUCCAGAUUACACAUGUCUCCUCAACCGAUUCCCCUGCUGCUACUGUUGAUUCUGAGACAAUAACGCUAAACAGUGGAACACUACAGACGUUUGAAAUUCUUCCAUCUUUCCAUCUGCAGCCAACUGGAACACCAGGUACAUACUUGCUACAGACAAGCUCAAGCCAAGGCCUGCCUUUAACACUGACAACCAGUCCUACCAUGACCCUAACGGCUGCUGCUGCUCCAGCCUCCCCAGAACAGAUCAUCGUUCAUGCCUUAUCGCCAGAGCACUUGCUAAAUACAAGUGACAAUGUCACGGUGCAGUGCCACACGCCAAGUGUCAUAAUCCGCACCGUUGCUGCUGAAGGGAUCUCCUCCUCUGUCACUCAGGCAGAGCUUACUGUUGAUUCAGAUAUUCAGUCAGCUGACCUGACAGAUCCUCCCAACACCCUAGAAACAAAUACUUUCCCAGAUGAUAUCCAUCAGUCCAAGCUGAGUGAUGAAGAACAGCCAGCCUACAAUGAAGAUGAUGCUUCCAAAUUCAGCAGCAGGAAUAGUAGUGAACUGAUGGAUGGAGUUAUGGUAAGAACCGAGGAGGAAAUCUCAGAUGCCAGCCUGAAACGGGAAGAGGAUCCUCACUCUGAUUUACCCAGCACUUAUGUUACUGAGGACCUGGGUUCUCCAACGAUAGAAGAACAAGUUGAUCAGCCUACAAUAGAUGAUGAAACUGUACUUAUUGUUCCUUCUUCCCAUGGUUUUAUCCAGACAACAGAUGAUAUAGACAGCGAAUCAGUCUUGCCCCUGACAACUCUAACAGAUCCUAUCUUACAGCAUCACGGAGAUGGGUCACACAUUAUUGGCUCGUCAUUGGGCAGUCCUGACUCAGAAGAUUCGAAGGAUGUUGAAGAUUUAGUGAGCUGUCACUGAGAAGCAGUAAUUGUGUCCAUUUUCUAUUGACCAUGUUUGCAUUGUGAAAUUAGUUACAACCCAGUGCCACAUUUCCAAAGCAAGCAGUCAGUCUGUAUCUUUAAACAGAAACUUCCAGUUUGAAAUGACUACAGUGCACUUUCUCUGCUCAGGCUAUUUACCUCAUUUGUCAAGGGUUACAGAGCAGCCAACCGAAGCCUGAUGUACUGCGUCUCGGCCGGUGUGUUUCAGUGUUCAGAAGAACCUCUCUCUUGCAGUGCUCACUGCUACGAUCCACGUGGUCAGUUCCAAUCUGACUUGUUACUGGUGUGCUGAACCGCACAUCUGGGAAACUGGACAGAAGUCAAGGAUUGUGGACUGUAGCCUUUUAGUGCCACAGCAAGAAUUAGUUUGCACAUGUCUCAUGAAGAAUGGGUGAGGAUUUCUGCACUUACUGACUCUUGUAAUACAUGGAGUAAGAGACUGUUACAUUUCAGGAAGAAAUGUAUUCCAUCAAGGACUUCAGGGAGCAUGGGCAGCAUCAUGAAGAAAUGGUCUGUACUCCCAACUCAUCUGGCUUGUUAGUACGGCUACGGCAUUGGAAGAAGAUGCAGAUGUUUAUGUUCUGCUUGUUCCUGAGGAGUCCGUUGCUGGCAACAGACAGAACUCAGAAAGAUCACUUGCGGGAAAUCUUUUUCUGUUUUUUCUUUUCCUUCAUCACUACAGCAAGCUGAAUAAAAAGGGAAGGGCUAUGAGAAAGGGAAGCUACUGGGACGCCCCAGCCUCCCUCCACAAGCUUGUAACUUCUUUGAAGGUUUUCGUGGGUGGGCUGGAACAUUUGUGUCUCUCGCUGUUUACAUGACACUACCAGCCAGCUCUCCAGAGGUGAUUUAUGCAGCAGGUUAGUAGAUGGGGGGUGGUGUGGAAGUGGCAAAGUCUUGGAGAAACAAACAGCUCUCUGAGAAUUUGGGCAUAGGAUCCCGAGGUAAAGGAAGCCAAUUAAUUCCUACAUUCAAGGGUUUGAAACAGACACUAGGCUGAGCAGCAGCCUGUUAGCUAGGAAUUGAGAGAAAAAGCUAUAGAAACUAAAGACUCAUGUAUAAAUUAUUUUAUUUAUUUCUGUAAUUAGCUCUUCAUAAUCAAGAGUUGGUCUUUUUCAGUCUGUGGUUUUGUUAAUGUGAAAAAUAAGUUGUAGUUUCAAAUGGUUGCCUAGGGAACAGAAAUAAUUGUAUAUUCAGUUUAAACGAAAUAAAGAGUAUUUGUCGUACGUAA